AACUUCUCACCGGCAUAGAAGAAGAGAUGAGUUCGCGUGAUAACCAAAGAAAACCCAAGACUGUCGCACAAGUAAGAGAAGAGAAAAGGAAGAGAAGAGAAGAGAUGAGUUCGCGUCCCAAGAGUGUCGCACAAGUAAAAGAAGAGAAAAGAAAGAGAUUCUUGGAUCGCGUCCCCAAAGGAAAAAGGGAAGGUCACGCAUACCUUCGCAAGGAUCCAGAGCCGCAAGUUGCUUCUGUCCCCAAGACUGUCUCAGAAGAUAAAGAUGUGAUAUUGGAUAGAAUCUUGAGUAACGUCCCCAGAAGAAAAAAGACUACUUCUUACGAAUACGUCCGACCAAAAGACCCACAAGAACCGAUAAAGACACCGGAAGUCCCAACCUCUUCUCGAAAUCGGAUAAAGGCACCAGAAUGGCUUGUCCAGGUUAUGUGUCGCAUGAACGGCGUUGAUGAUCCGAAGCUAGUCAUAGUGAAGACUCUGGACUCGAACGAUGUUGAUCCACUUCAAAACCGUCUCUCAAUCCCUAUCAAUAGCGUAAUCCAAAACGAUUUCUUGACGCUUGACGAGUCAAGAUUGAUUGAUGACGACGACAUCACUAACCAAGGGAAUAUGGGUGUGGCGUCGUUUCUUGUGGAUCAACGUAGUAAAAAGUGGAACGUAGGUUUUAAGCAAUGGUUUAUGACGACUGAUUCAGGGAGCAGCUACUGGAGUUUUGUGUUGAGAGGUGAAUGGAGCAACGUCGUUAAGACUAAUGGAUUGAAAGAAGGCGACAUAAUCAGUCUUUGGUCUUUCAGGUCCAAUGAAAUCCUCUGCUUUGCCCUUGUUCCUCCCAUGAGCUCUGUUGUUGAUUCUGUACAUAAGUAAAAAGUUUUUAUUUUUUGGGACUAGAAGAUGUUACUGUGGUUUUGGUACGAAGUUGGGAUCUUUAUCUUGUUGUUUUUUCUCUUCCAUUAGUAAAUGGAUGAAGAAAUUUCAUUAGGAGUCAAAGUAAGUCGUGUGCUUUCUCGUUCAAUGGAGGUCACUAUACUCUGUUUAUAGAAAUUUUUUACUUUUGACUUGACUCUGGUUUUGUUUCUUGAUGUACAAGGAAACAAAUCAACUUCAAUUGCUAGU